UUUGUCUUUCAAAAUUCUUUAAAUUUAGCUUGAUUAAAAAAUUUCAAAUGGAACAUUCACAAAAUUUAGACGAGCGUUUUCUUCGUUUUCUUAAAUGGUUGCCUAAUAAAAAUGUUGAAGCAAAAAUGUUUGGUGCUAAUUUAAAUGGAACUUUAACUGCUGUAGAUGCUUCUAAUUUUGAACAUUUUCUACUUAAUAAAUUACACACUCCAACUGGUUUAGUUGAACAUGCAGCUUUACGAACUCGGGAUACAAUUUAUUUAAAAAUUGAUUUGCCAAACAAUAAAAAGAAUAAUCCGGAAGAUGUUAAAAUGGAAGUUGUGCAACCUCGAAAGAGUGAAAAUAAAGAAGUUAAGUGUCAAAUGGAAAAUAAGAUUACUCCAAAAGAAACUUCUAUCAAGCCAGAGGCUAAAAAUUCUGAAGAAAACAAUGCUGAAGAGAUUACUGAAAUGGAAGUUACUACUUCAACGAGUGAAUUUUCUACUCCAUUAGGUAGUACAAAAAGUGAGGGGCAGAAGAAAAAACAAAUGAGUGUAGCUGAAAGGAUGACACGUUCUACGGCAUAUUAUCUUGAACGAAUUAAAAAUUAA